AUGAAAAUUUGUCUAUCGGAAAGUAAUAUAAAUAUUGGUGAAAAACAAAAUGGAAUUAAUCAGGAAGACAUUUUGCUAAUACUUAAUCAGGCGCGAUUCAGUAUCGAAGAAGCACAAGAAGUGUUAUUUUGGAUCGAGCAUGCAACAAAUAUACAGUUUGCUAAGGAUCCAUCAACUUUCGAAACAGCUCAAGAUGUUGCCGAUGCACUCAAAGAUGGUACUCAGUUAUGCCUGUAA